CAGCGCGUGACACGACUCAAGCCAAUGGUGCCUCGCUUUACAGAUUUUUUUUUUUGGUCGUUGGAGACAAGAACGCAAGGGAAUGUUUUCAAAACCAGCUAAAGCAGGAAGGGGAAGACAUACUGUGGUGGUUGGGGGGUUCGUUUGACUGUUACAUUUUAAACACUAGAUUGACACUGUUGUGUUUGGCAGUAGCGGCGAGCCUGGAGAAACGCGCGGGAGCCGAAAGAGCAUUCGUAGAGGAGCAUGAUGAAAACUUUGGUAUUCAUAUGUUGCAGCUAGUUAAAAGCUGUACAAUGGCCAAACCUGGGAUUGAUAGAGAGAGCACCAUGGUUGAAAAGCAAUCUGGAAAGAAGGGCAAGGAAAAGGUUUCAGCUUUCACUAAGACACCAAAGUUGGACAGAAGUGAGCUUUUAGGAAAAGAAAUGAAACAAAAAUCUUCAAUGAAACGUAAACUUCCAUUUACUGUCAGUCCGACCAGGAAUGAAGACAAGGACUCUGAUACAGAUUCAGAUCCAGGACACACAAAUGAAACCUGGGGAGAAAGAUUAAUCCCUCCUUGCAGGACUUAUUCAGAAAAAGAUGGACCAGAAAAGAAGAAAGUUAAGAAGGAAGCUGGAGGGAAAAAAUCAACACCUGUUAACAUUCUUUUUGGUUAUCCACUAUCAGAACGCAAGCAGAUGGCACUUCUCAUGCAAAUGACUGCACGGGAUAACAGUCCAGACUCUACCCCUAAUCACCCAACUCCAACAACACCAGUUCAGAAAAAGAUUCCUAGUACAUCCUCUCGACAGAAAGACAAGGUGAAUAAAAGAAAUGAAAGAGGAGAAACUCCAUUACACAUGGCAGCAAUUCGAGGAGAUGUAAAGCAAGUUAAAGAAUUAAUAAGCUUGGGUGCCGAUGUAAAUGUAAAAGAUUUUGCAGGUUGGACUCCACUACAUGAAGCAUGUAACAUGGGAUAUUAUGAAGUGGCUAAAGUUUUAAUAGCUGCGGGAGCUGAAGUGAACACACAGGGUUUAGACAAUGAUACACCAUUGCAUGAUGCUUCAAGCAGUGGACACAAAGAUAUUGUCAAAUUACUUUUGCGUAAUAGGGGGGAUCCUUUCCAAGCUAAUAACCGUGGAGAACGACCUGUGGAUGUAGCAGAGACUGAGGAAUUAGAGCAGUUGUUAAAAGGUGAAAUACCUUUGUCUGAAGAUGACAGCUCUUCGGAUUCUGAAGAUCCAUCAUCUGUAAAUCCAUCCAGUGUGGAUGAUAAUAUAGAAGAUUCUGAUGGUGAAAAGGACAUUAAUAACAAGCUUGUAACACCAAACAAACAAAUAGUCGCAGGAUUAGAUGAAUAUGAGUUCAAAGAUGAUGAUGAUGAUGAUGAUGAAGAGGAAGACUUGAACAAAGCAUUAAAUGAUAGACAUCUCCUCAGAAGAGAACUGAGGCAACGUGAGAGAGAGCAAAAGGGAAGGAACAAUUAUAUUGCAAAGUCGUUAAGGACAGAUCAGCAUAACAUUUGUAAGUCAAAGAAGCAUAAACCAUCACGGGUCCUAUUCUGUAAUAAUGAGAGCUCUGAUGAGGAGGAGAGAAAAGUAACCUCCCCUUCAUCAUCUAUUGCAACUACAGCUGAUGGCUAUAAAACAGACCUAAGGACUAAAAAAGAUUUCCCAAGUGCAGUGGAGCAUAAAGAGAAAAGUAAAGUAAAGAGAAAAUUUAAAAAUCAAAGUAAAAAUAAGGAAAAUCAAGAACUAAAGGAUGAUGGCAAAGAAAAUACUAAGUUGUCAUUUUUUCCUUCUUUGGGUGCCCUUGAAACCUCAUCUGAAAGAUCAAAAGAAGAAGAUACCUUUAAAAUGUCAUUUAGCCCAAAAGAUGAUACUUCAGUUCAUCUUUUUCAUCUUCCUUCAGUAAAAUCUCCUAAAAUUAACCACAGCAUAACUGAGAAGCAGACAGUGCCUCUUAAACAAGAAAAUACUAAAACAUGCUUUUCUCCUAGUGCAACUGAAAUGUCUCUAUCUUUAGAAGUUGUUCAUUAUGAUCAUUAUACUGAUGCAGAUACCAGCACAGAAAGCUCAAGCAGUAAAAGCUUCAAGCAUAAAGAGAAAAGCAAGCACCAUCACAAGGAUAUAAGCAUCAUUGCAGAGGAUACUAAUUUGAGUCCCAAGAAGGAUGAUGAUCAAGUAACAUUCUUUGAUAGUUCAGAAGGCGUAUUGCGAAAGGCAGACAGAGAUGGGAAAAUAAUCAAAAAACAUAAGUUAAAACACAAGGAAAAGGGGAAAGAAAAAAGCAAAAAGGAUCAUGAAGGGGAAAAGGACAAGCACAGACAGCGUGAAUGCAGUAAAGAUCUGACAAGAAAUUUGGAGUUUGAUAGGGAGUUCUGGAAAGAAAACUUUUUUAAAAGUGAUGAAAAUGAUGAACCUCUUCAAAUGAAAUGUGAAAUCGGCCAGACUUGUGCCAUGGAAAAGCUGUCAGAUAAAUCAGCUAAAGAAGAAAAGGUUACAAAAGAGAAACAUUUAAAUAAAGACAAGAGAGUUAAAGAGGAUCGUGACAAGGAAAAAUUGAAAAGGGACAAGAAGGAAAACCUUUUCAAAGAUGACAAAGAGGACAGAAAUGACAAACCCGCUCGAGAUAGGGAAACUGAGGAAAUACCACAUGGCUUUAGUCUUAUGAAAGAUGAACAAGAGCAGCAUGUUAUCACAGACAGGGACAUGAAUAAUGAUCAAGAGCUAGACUUAAAAGCAACUAAAGAAAGAAAUGAAAAGAAGUCUCCUGUCAAAGAAAAGGAUUCAGAAAAGCUGGAUAAGAAACAGUCUGAAAAAGACAGAAAAAAUAAAGGUGACCACAAUACCUUUGAAAAAAAUGAAUGCUCUGAUUCUUCAGAAAAAUUGAAGGAUAGAGACAAAAGCAUUUUCUCCUGUUAUGGAGAAAAAUCUAAGGAAGGUGAGAAGCCAAAAACUGUUCUGUCUAUCAAAAAACAAGAGGAAAAUAAGAAGAAUAAGGAGAAACUGGAGAGAAAGCAUGAUAAGGAAAAGAUGGAGAGAGAGCGCUUUUUGGUUGAGAGCAAGGAUAAAGAUAAGAAUAUUUUUGAGAAGAAAUCAAAGCUAACAGAUCGAGGAUGUGAUAUAAGCAAAUAUGAUCGCAUGAAAGAAAAAGAACAUGACAAAAAGAAAAAGGACAAAAUCAGAGAUGUUUCAUCUUCAGUAUAUCCAAAAGUAAGUUUGGAGGAAAAGAAGAACAUUGUAACAGAAAGCAUCAAGGCAUGCCAUGAAAAAGCAUUGUCUUUAAAGGAAAAACCAAAAGAUGAAGCAGUCAAAAUCUCUGAGAAAGACAGAAGGGAAAAGGAUAGAGAAAUUGACCGUUACAAAGAGAGGGACAAGCACAAGGAUAAGACUCAAAUAGUCAAACCCAAUAAACUAAAAACAAAUGAAUCAGAAGUUGAUAAGCUGAAGCUUAAACCAUCUCCAGUUGCCAAAGAUAUGAGACCAAAGGAAAAGCGACUUGUAAAUGAUGAUCUAAUGCAGACCAGUUUUGAGAGAAUGCUGAGUCUCAAAGAUUUAGAAAUUGAGCAGUGGCACAGAAAACAUAAGGAAAAAAUAAAACAGAAGGAAAGAGACAGAAUGAGACAUAGACCUGGGGUGGAGGUUAACAAACAAAAAAUUAAAGAUAGAUCAAAAAGCUCCCCUUCUGAAACAUUCAAUAAUAAGGAACUGUUUUGGUCUAAAAGCACAGAUGGCUCUGAGACUCACAAUAAUAGAGAAAAAGUACUAAAAGAUGCCACAAGCACUAGGUCUUAUUCUUUAGAUGCAAAAUGUUUGCUAAGCACUGGAAAAGCUAAUCUAGGCACAGACUGCAACUUGACUCGUUCUCCCAGGCCUGACAAUGAAAAAUCUAAUUUGAUUUCAAGAUCCGUUUCCAUGACUUCCAUGACAAGCUCAGAAGAUUCAUGCCAAAUAGCAACAACAGUACCCCGGCCAGGAGCAGAUAUUGAUUCUGACUUUGCAUUUGAGGCUUCAGAUGCACCACUGCCUUCAUCACAACCAUCUUAUUUUAAUGCUGGUAAAUCACCUGUCAUUAAUGAAAAAGAAAAAGAAAAUGAAAGUGGUAUACUUGAACUUUCACAGGAAGGGAAGUCAAUGGUGUCUAGUACGCAACAGACAACAUGUGUAAGGCUGACUUCAGCAGAUGAUAGUAAAUUAUCUGUAACCAGCAGCCCUCUGAGAGGUGAAGAUCGAAAGCAAGCCAUAUGGACGUAUUCUGAUAAUGAACACAAAUGUACAGAAAGAACUAUAGCACCAGUACAUGAAAGUCAAGACAGUCAGACUAGUGUACAUACAAUUAAUUGUAAUACUGCAGCAGACAAAGUAGAAGGAGGUACAUACAUAGAUGAUUUUACUUGUCACUCUUCACUACAUGUUCCACAACCUGUUUUAGAGACCAGCCAUACCCCAACAUCAAUAGAUUUUGCAUCACUACAAAGUGAAAAUCUCAAGGAAGUCUCUCGUUGUGAAUCUGAAAAUAACCAAAAUGCUGGAAUAAAAUUACAAAAGAUGUGUAGAGUAGAUCUGCAGCCUAUGACAGAAGCAAUCAGCCUGCCUUUACAAAGUGUCUUGAUUGAGAAGCCAAAUGAUAUGCUUUCCAGUGACCACAUAAAGCAGGAAAACAUUAGUUCCAUGUCAUUGAAGGAGUCUGAAAUGAAAUUAUCUCAUCCUGCAGUCCUGCAAACAAAGGUGCAGCAUGGGAAUUGCAUUGACCACCUGGAAUUUCAGCCAGGCACCUGUGAGGAAAGACCUGAAUUGCUGGAAGAUGGCUAUCCAUCCCCUCGGCUGGCUAUGAAAGACCAAAUUUGUGUCAAGAUAAGUGAAAGGACUUUAAGUCCAAGUGAAAGAACUGAAGACCAAAACACAGAACUUGGUUCCCCUGCCAAACCUGAUACUGUUAAAUUAGAAUGUUGUGACUCACAACAGUUACUUUGUCCUGUGAGUACAGUUCUGCAGGAAUCUGUCAAAACUGUCAUUGAAAGUUCUUCACGUAAAACUGUGGCUAACAAUAUUUUAAAAAGUGAUGUUGAGGUAAAAUCUGAUACAUACAGCCAUACUGGAAUUAUAUCAUCUAAUUUCGCAUCAAACGUUGAAAUGGACGCUAGCAGCACAAAUGCACAUCACACUGAUAAAUCGAGUGCUGCUGUUAAGAUUUCAGCUGCUUCAGAAAACAGUUCUGAUAUGGAUGAAAAGGCAAAAACAGUUCUAGAAAACACCGAAUUCCUCAGCAAGAAUAAUUUAGAAGAGUUGUCCCUUGAAGAAGGAACUCUUGAUAUGCUCUCUGAUACAACUUGUCCGAUGCAAACGGUAGCAGAAAUAAAGACCGAAGCAGUUGAAUUCACCUCAGAAGAAACAGGACAUGAUGAUAAGCUAGAACAGGAUAUUUCUUAUAGAAUCACCAGGACCCGUGCAAAUUCACAAGCAAGCCAAUUAAAAUGUACUUCUGCUCAAGAUUCAGACUCUCCUGCAUAUGUCAAAACAAAAAAUAAAUUAACAGAUGAGGAGGAGAUUCAAGUGCACCAUCCCAGAAAGCGAAAGAUGCCAAGAGUGCCUCAGCCUGUACAAGUUAAUCCCUCUCUGCAGCAGGCUAAAGAAAAAACACAGCAGUCCCUUGCUGCUAUUGUGGAUUCUCUAAAGCUGGAAGAUAUUGAGCCUUACCAGACAGACAGAGCAAACCCUUACUAUGAAUUUCUGCACAUCCGAAAGAAAAUUGAAGAAAAGAGAAAAGUAUUAUGUAGUGUUAUUCCACAAGCACCACAGUAUUAUGACGAAUAUGUAACAUUUAAUGGAUCAUAUCUUCUAGAUGGAAAUCCAUUGAGCAAGCUCUGUAUUCCAACUAUAACACCACCUCCUUCAUUGUUAGAACCAUUAAAGGAACUAUUCAAACAGCAAGAAUUGGUGAGAAUGAAGCUUCGUUUACAACACAGUAUUGAGCGGGAUAAACUUACUGUAUCCAAUGAGCAAGAAGUUCUUCGUGUCCAUUACCGAGCUGCUAGAACACUGGCUAAUCAGACACUUCCUUUCAGUGCAUGUACUGUUCUCUUGGAUGCUGAAGUUUACAAUAUGCCACAUGAUUCACAGACUGAUGACAACAAGACAUCUGUUAGAGAUCGUUUCAAUGCUCGGCAGUUUAUGUCAUGGUUGCAAGAUGUUGAUGACAAAUUUGACAAACUUAAGACUUGCCUUCUUAUGAGGCAGCAGCAUGAGGCUGCUGCUCUGAAUGCUGUGCAGAGACUGGAAUGGCAACUCAAAUUACAAGAACUUGACCCUGCAACAUAUAAAUCUAUUAGUAUUUUUGAGAUUCCAGAAUUUUAUGUUCCACUAGUUGAUGUCAAUGACGACUUUGAGUUGACACCUAUAUGAUAAUGGGAGCCCUACAGAGUGGAGCAUAUUGUUAAAUAACAGUACAACAGACACCACUGUGAUGGAAAAGUUGCAGGAAAACUACCCAACUCAUCAUACCGGAGCCCUUACCACACCCUGCACUGUUGCAAGCAAAAUGAGCUUACAGUCCGUGAGCUCCAAGAGUAAGGUUCAUGUUUUAAACAUCAAUCUUUGUUUUUACCUAAUGGUAAAAAAAAAAAAAAAAAAAAACACUAAACAGAGUAUCGGAAACCUUGCAAAUGGGACCUGCUUGCAACUUGCUGAAGGCAGUGGAGAACAGAAUACCUACGGCCCUGUAGGCAACAAAAGCACUUGGUUUGGAAGCUGAAGUUUGCGGCGCUGGAAGCUGCUGAAUAAGGAGAGCCAGGAGAAUGAAUGGCUGGAUUCAGCCAUUAGUAAAUGCACAUGAGCACCUCGUGGUCAGGUAACUGCAAAAGUGUUUGCAGGAUUCCUCACCACAAUCAAGUGUCGCUCUAUAUUGCUACACAAGUUCUAAGAGCAACGAACUAAAAAAAGAAAAUUCACUUAGUAGUGAAGAUGUUUAUAAUUGUACAGACUAUAUGAUGUUAUCUAAAUGUAUUCUUUUUUUAAAUAACUUAUUUUAUACAUAUGAUUGUGCAUUUGUAAAUAAACAUGUAAUUAUUGUUUUUAACUUGUAAAAAAGAGAAUAGAUAUUUUGAUUGUUAAAAUGUUCAGAUUGUCUAAUGUUUUAAUGGACCAAAGUUUUAUAUUGGUUGUCUUGUGUUGUUGGCCUAAUUUUAAAGCAUGUGUUGAUUUUUACUUGUUCCAUAAUUGCAAACGUUUUAGAUUUGUGAUGUUUAUGCUGUGCAUGCAUUACUGAUUUCUACUCUUUCUACAAAGGUGUAUUGUUGACUGUAGUGAAGUUUACAUAACUAUUGUUCCAUACAUAGUUAUUGGUCUGCCAUACACACUGAGCAUCGUUCAGCUUUUUUUCUCAAUUUUGUAUGUUGACUAACACAUUAAAUACUGUAAAAUGUUGCCUACUCACAGAGAAAAAGUUACUUUUACAGUGUGAUGUGAAAUCACAGCAAACCCUAUUUUUGAAUUGCCUUUGAAUGAUUGUUCUAAAAUGAUAUGGUCUAUUUUAAUAUUUUAAAUUACAUGUAUAUACUUGUAAUAUAUUGAAUAAAUUUUAUUGGUCCUGUGUAUUGAAUAACAAUGAAAUGUGUUUUUCAUUGAAUUGUUUUUAUUAACAUUGCUAAUGUUGCUUUAUAAAAAGCAAUGUGAAGAUCUGUAAACACUAUAUUACCUCUGCUAAAAUCAUUUUAAGCAGGUUAACAUCUGCAGAGAGUCUUUGCUUUGCCUUGUCAAACAUUCUUGAUAAUUCAGUUACCUUGUUGUCCUUGCAGAUCAUCCAUGGUGUACUGUAGCAUUUGUGUUUUGUGUUUGUAUUUUUGUUUUCAACCCCCACCAUAGCACUCUUGGCCUUUUCCCAGAUGUUCACUGAUAAUGAUCAUCAACACAAUGCAUAAGCCCAUGUAGUCUUCAGCUAAUGUUACAAGGAAGGGAUUCAAACCUGUGCUGCAUAUUAUUGUAUCUAGCCAACACCUAUCUAGCAAAUUUGUAAUUUGUUAAUAUUCUUUUAUCUCAGGUUUAUUGUUUAUUCUUGAAAUGUUUGCUUUCAGCCCACAUUAAUGUUGAGACAGUGAACAAAAGUCAUGACAAAGACAGUUGUGAAAACAGAUCAAAAGUCUUUCUCAAACCAGUAGGUGGCAAUAUUUGUAAAUCUAAACAAAUUGCAAGAGUUUUUUGUAUACAUGAGUCGCUGAUGUCUUUUUUUUUUUUUUUUUUAAUUUGAACUUUGAAAACUAAAAUUAAUGUCUGAUAUUAAAUUUUAUUUUAAAGUUUUAUUUCUUUUAUAAUUUAAUGAGGGAAAUGUACCUAAAUCAGUUACACUCUCCAUCUCUGUCCGUUUGCCUCAUCCCAGUAAUGAAUACAUCAAGUAAUAUCUACCAACAACUAAACCAGUCAAAAAUUUGAGAAAUGCUUUCCAUUUUCUACAGUUUUCUUAAAAAGGACCCUGGGAAAUCGGUUUUGGCCUCAUUCUCUGCACUGUCCUUUUUACUAGUUGAGUACUACAGCAAUUCAGUUUCUCACUUAAACAGUAUGAAUAAAUUAGUUGCCAAGAAGCAGCAGUUAAUAAUGGUGAAAUAGAUGUACAUUGUCCUGUAUUUAUAAGAUACUGAGAACCUGAAAGGGAAUUGAUUGGCUUAAAGAGGACUGUCUCGUGUGAUUUGUGGAUCAUAAUAGAUUUUUGUAAGUGUAAUUAAAUAAUAUUUUUUUAAAUAAAAUACACAGUAAGUAAAAA